GGCCCCGUUGCCCCCAGGCCCAGCUCCAGCGCCCCGGCCUCUGGGCCAGCCCCGUGCCCUCGGCGGGCUGCGCGGAGCGCGGGAGAGUUCGGGGCCGGGCAUAUGUCCGGAGCCCCUCGGGCAACCGCCGCCGCCGCUACUGCGUCCGCUGCCGGUGCGCGCCGCUGACGCGCGGAGAUGAAAUUCCCGGGCUCCGUGCUGGCGUCCGUGUUCCUGUUCGUGGCCGAGACGACGGCGGCGCUGUACCUGAGCAGCACCUAUCGCUCGGGCGGGGACGGCAUGUGGCAGGCGCUGACGCUGCUUUUCUCGCUGCUGCCCUGCGCACUCGUGCAGCUCACGCUCCUCUUCGUGCACCGCGACUUCAGCCGCGACCGCCCGCUGGUGCUGCUGCUGCACCUGCUGCAACUCGGACCGCUCUUCAGGUGUUUUGAAGUCUUCUGCAUCUAUUGUCAAUCAAGCCACAUUGAAGAGCCUUAUGUCAGCAUCACCAAGAAGCGACAGAUGCCCAAAAAUGGCUUCUCAGAAGAAAUCGAGAAAGAAGUGGGCCAGGCAGAGGGCAAGCUCUUCACCCACCGAUCCGCAUUCAGCCGAGCAUCAGUGAUCCAGGCUUUCCUGGGCUCUGCUCCCCAGCUGACUCUGCAGCUGUAUAUAAGCACCCUGCAGCAGCACAUAACUAUUGGAAGAUUCUCAUGCUUGGUGGGGAAGGCCUCUGUCCAUCCUUUGACCCUGAUGUACAAAGCUGCUGCCGUCAGUGAACCAGAUACCCCAAGUAGGUUACCUCGGAUCCAGAUCCUCGUGAAGUGCCUCAUCGAACAAGGUUUCUUCAUGGUCCUAUCCCUGUUGUCCAUUGUGUAUGGAGCCUUGCGCUGCAACAUCCUGGCCAUCAAGAUCAAGUAUGAUGAAUACGAUGUCAAAGUGAAGCCUCUGGCCUAUGUCUGUAUCUUCCUCUGGAGGAGCUUUGAGAUUGCCACUCGAGUCAUUGUCCUGGUCCUCUUUACCUCCGUCCUGAAGGCCUGGGUGGUGAUGGUUGUACUCAUCAACUUCUUCAGCUUCUUCUUGUACCCCUGGAUCCUCUUCUGGUGCAGUGGCUCCCCAUUCCCCGAGAACAUCGAGAAGGCCCUCAGUCGGGUGGGCACCACCAUCGUACUGUGCUUUCUCACCUUACUGUAUGCCGGUAUCAAUAUGUUCUGCUGGUCAGCUGUGCAGCUGAAAAUCAACAACCCGGACCUCAUCAGCAAGUCCCAGAACUGGUACCGGCUACUGGUGUACUACAUGCUGAGAUUCAUUGAGAAUGCCUUCCUCCUCCUCAUGUGGUAUCUUUACAAGACUGACAUCUACAUGUACGUGUGCGCACCUCUGUUGAUUCUGCAGUUGCUCAUUGGGUACUGCACAGCCAUCCUCUUCAUGCUUGUGUUCUAUCAGUUCUUCCACCCUUGCAAAAAGCUCUUUUCCUCCAGUGUCUCUGAAAGCUUUCAGGAGUGGGUAAAGUGUGUUUGCUGUGACUGUAGGCAGAAGAAAGCCCAUGAGUCCGUAGGAAAAACAGAUCUGAGGCCAACCGAAGACAGAGAUGAGACACCUUCUAGCAGUAAAAUAAGUUCUGUGCCCAGCCAGAUCUUGAAUGCUGACGAGCUCUGCUCUGCCUAACAGGACCUGAGUCUCUUGGGGUUCACACAUACUGUUUUCUGGGUUGAUCCCUGUUCUUCAUACAAGUCAUGAGCCCUGCACAGUUAACAAAGAGGGGGGUUAGCUCUCAACUCCUUGCAGGCUGCUCCCCUUUAGAGAGCUCUUGGACAUGUGGAAACUAUGGAGAGAAUCCAGGGAAACCCCUGAGUGUUGGAGAGGCAGCCUAAGGUAGCACCAUUGGUAGUUGACCUUGUUCCCCCAGGCAUUACUGGCCUCUUUGCUAUCUGAGUUGGGAUGGCUAGCUCUGUCAGGUAGAAUGAGGAUAGGAGCUUUCUUGUUUUCUAGGUUUUGUUUUGAGCUGCUGGUGUAGGUGGCCUGUUCCAUUUCCUCCGAGCAUAGCUUUCACCCAUGAGCUGUCCUCAUGACCAGAAGGUUUUGUCAUCAGCAAUAUCAUACUUGUCCGAGUUUUCAGAGAGGGCUCUUCAGGUUUGCUUUUUGAAUGGACAGAGGUUCCAUUUUUAUCUCAUUAGGGCUCUUUGUACAUAACCAGCUGUAGCCACCUUGGCGUGCUAUCUCUAAUUGAUUCAAAAGUCUAGAUUUGGAGACUAUUCCCAAGGAUCCAUGGAUGCAAAGAAUUUGCGUGGAAACCCUAGAAUUUUAGGAAAGUUUCAUUCUUUCGAAGUGCUGAAGAAAUUCUGGAUUAAGAGGGUUGCUAAAACAUCAAAAUGAUUGAGGCUUUUAUAAGCAGAAAUCUUACUUUCUCAGGAUGGUUGAAGAUAAAUAAUCCUGCUGGAAGAUAGGUUUAAACCUCUUCAAGGUUCAUUCCUGUCCUAACAAUUCUGGGAAAUUUCUAGUAGAAUUUGCUAGGAUUUGCCUUCUUAAUGAAGAAGAAAAUAAAAUUCACACUCUUCUCUUUCCCCUCUUCCUUGCCUGUCAGAAGAAUUUUAGACAAGAGUUACAGUGGCUGACUUAAAUUUUUCUAGAGAACUCCACAGAAAUCUUUCACCAAGUGCAGCUGUGUAGGGCACUUUAGUUUUCAUUAUUUGAAGGAAAAGGGUCUCCUCUCCCGAAGGUAGAUAUUGGCUUCACAAGUUUUUAAAUUAUAGGAAGAGAUGAAAUGACCAGAAGAUCUUUGUCUUUACCUUAAUGUAUCUUGAUUUGGCAUGAUUCUGAGUUAUUUGAAUGAGAUCUCCAAUUGUACGCUCCCAUACUCUCCUGUCUCAGGUAUAAUUUCUCCUUUAAUCUGGAACCGUAUUUGUUCCAUAAAAGGAUAGUGUAGCAUAUCCUCAGUUGUCUUGGGGAAAUGCCUGGAUCUAGUGCCAUUAUCUUUACCGUAAAAACCUUGAUGAUGAACUAUCUGGAAACAGGUGACCUGUCACUGACUAGGCUGGACAUAGCAGGUCAGUCAGGGUUGAUGGGUCUAAGGACCCCUGAUGGCUGAACUUGCUGACCCAUCCAGUUUCUAAUAGGCAGUCUGUCAGGAGACAGGUUACAAAUGGUGAGUUUGAGCAGGAAUUAUGAUCAGAAUGAGACAGGGAUAGGAAGGUAGAUUCUUCCAACCUUGGUUUGGAAGCCUGUCUCAAGAACUGUUACAAAUCUGAGCCUUCGAAUGCAUUUUAAAUCAUUUUAAUGUAGAAGAUAGCUAAGCAUCGUGAAUGACCCCAAACCAAACUAAUAGUGAUGGUCUGUCAGACUCCUAUAACCCAAUUACAAGCCACAUUUAUAAGGACAAAGAGGUUUGGUAACGAAAUCAGACAUUUUGUCAUCUUUAACCCUUCAUAUACAGAUAUUCCUGCUUUGGGGCAUGUAUGUCCAUUCACUUUGGGGGAGAGAAAGCACUGGGGUUUUUUUUCUGUAUGGUGAAAAUUUAAGUCCUGGUGAGCUGAGAAUUUUUGUUUUAAAAUUAUUUUUAUCAUACCUCCGAAAUGGUAAAAAUCAUAGUUCAGACUACAGAACUAGGUUGCCCUAAAGACAGACAAAUUCCCUCCCGUGCAGAGAGUUAAAAUGUGUUUUUCAUUAUAAUUCCAUUUUUAAAACUCUCAGUGCUUUGUCUACUUAAUUGCAUGCCAUAACUUGUCAUGAUAGCUGCUCCAACUGAACCACUAUCAUUUGGCUGAAUGGAGGUGAAGUAUUUCAUUGAAAUAAGAUCAUCCAAACACUUUUAGACUUUGUCUCUUCAUUACUGGGGACAGCACAGUGUAGAGGUUGGAACCUCCCCGUCUAGCCCUGCAAGUUACUAAAUUGCCGUAUGCCUCAGUUUCUUCACCCACCCAAUUUGGAAGAUACAUUUGCCCAGCCUACCUCACAAGGUUGUUGGAAAGAUCAAAUUAAAUAAUAGAUGUGAAAAUGCUGUGAAAAUAUUUUAAAGUGCCAUGCAUAUUUAAGGAGUUGUUAUUAUAGUCAUUCAAGUCCAUAAACAGGUUAUUAUUAUGUUUUUACUGUUAGAAAAGAAACAAGCAGUAUCAUCCACGUGAGCGGCUUGAGUGACUACAUUGGCCUUUGACCUUAUGGAAGGGCGAGUGUAAAUGGUCUUUAUUCUUAGAACUCAGCAGCUGCCCUCUCUCUUGGCGCCAGUUGCUCACAAAAAUUAGCAGCCAAACACAUGGUACUCAGAGGAGGAAGACCCAUUGAAAUCUGAGAAGUGCUUUUGCUGAUCACGAGCUGAUCAUUUUUGUAUCUUUCAUCUUUCAUGAAGGACCUAGUAGCUAGCGUCUUUUGACAAUUGUCCUUUACAACUUGAAUGCCUGAUCCUGUUAGAUUUUGGCUGAAUGUGGGUUUCAUCUUUUCAGCCUUGUAAAUGGGAAAAUAAACAUCGAAAUCGUCAUAUAUAGCAUUUCCUUGGAAACCACCUUCGAACAUCAGUGCUGUGGUUCUGAGUGUCAUGUGUCGCUACUUCAGUCGAUAAACUGUGGAUGUGAGCUUCUGCAGGCUGCUUCUCUGCAGCCAUUGAUGCUAAUAAAUAUUGUUUAUGUUUCUUCAUAUAAUAAAUUAAUUUUUCAAUUUC